GCACAUUUUAAUCGCCGAUAUUUUUGCGGUGAUGUGCGACGCAAAGCUAGUAGCCGACAUAAAUGUUCGCAUUGAUUCAUGUUCGAAAGCAUUCAGCCGGCAUUAGAUUCGCACGACUCAUAGCAACUGCAUCCAUAUUCAAGUCUAAUGCGGCUCGUAAAUCGCCUACACCCAUUGUGUUUCUUGAAGGUUUAGGGACGCCUCGAAUGGGGUGGAAAGAUACAUGGCAAACAAGGCUUGCAGACCAAGGUUAUAACAGCACAGCCAUCUAUUUAGAACCAACAACGUCCGGUGAGCAACAUGAGCCAGCAGAACUAGUCAAAUCACUUUCAAAAGAACUUGCUAAUUGCAUACAGAAGGACUUGAGCUUUUUCCCACCCGUUGUCAUUGCGCAAGGAUUCUGCACCCAUGUAGCAGAAAAGUAUGUUGAGUCCCAUCCUGCUUCUGGACUGGUUCUGCUGACCCCUAUGAAUGUUGAGCAAGCAACGAAGGCAGGCGUUAAGGAACUCAGGGAAAAUGCAUUGGAGGGAAGUAUAUACGAGCCUGAAUUUCCAAUCUUGCUAAUGAGCAACAAAGAACACGACAACGGUAAAUCGCAUCGUCUGCAUGGCGACCCGAACAUUGAUCAGAUUGAGGUGGAACAUGGUGAUGAUCAUAAUGGGGUGGUCAAUGGCAGAACAUGGAACCAAGCAUGCGAUCAUGCUGCACAGUGGCUUGACGACAUUGGCUUAUAGAUCUAGCUCCAUGUGGUGGAGAACAGCUCAAUGUGCUAGCAAAGCUGCAUGUCAGUUCCAACAGCGCUGAACUGGUGAUUGUAGCUGUAUUCAAUAAAUUUCCUGAUGAGGAAGUGAUAAUCAAUGCAGACUCGAAAGACAAACAAUGCAGCACGAGGCAAUUACGAACACGAGGCAAGCUAGAGGCAG